CCGUUCACCUACCUUCCCGUCCCCUUGCCCUUUCCGUUUCCCGCCUCCCCCAACCGCAUAGAAUGGCCGGCUCCGGCGGCUCUCCCGACGCCGACGAUCCCAAUUGCGGCGGAGAUGGGGCUGAGCCCUCCAGCACUCCUCAAGAAUCCGACGACCGCUACUCCGCGCCCGCCUCCCCUCUCAGUACUCGCCCGUCCGGUCAGCCCCCGGGGACUUCGGUCGUCGCCAAGGAGGGCUCCACCUCGUCCUCUGCCUGGGGAUCUGAUGACGACGACGAGCCCGCAGACAGAUACAAGAACCCGGCCUCCGCUUCCUUCCUCUUGGGACCGUCGAGCAGCACCAUGGGAGCGUCAUCCUCCUCGUCCUCCUUCUCCUCGGACAGCUGGAUCGGCAGCGACCGUACUUGCGGCGGCGCCUCGACCUCCAGCUCUCUGGACGCCUCCAACUACAGGGAUCUCUACAGGGAUCCACCCUCUGAGUGGAUGUAUAAUCAGAUUCUGGAAGCUCCUUUCUGGAGUCACGAGGCAUCUGAUGCUGUGAGGGCUUCUUGGAGAGACGAGUACGAGGCUUGUGAUGAUUUUUCUAUGGUUUUGCAGACAUCACAAAAUGGCUGCAAAAAAAUUCUUCAAAAGGAACCUUUAUCAUCUCUACCGCAUGAGUUUGAAAAUGAAAUUAUGAAAGAUAAGGCAAAAAAACUUUCGGCUAAUUACUCUGAAUAUCGGAAAGUAUCUGGAGACGGGAGUUGCUUUUACAGAUCGUUCAUAUACUCAUACCUGGAGCAGCUUGUGAACGUAUCUCACAAGGAGGAGCUACGUUUACUUGGUGCACUCGAACCUAUGUGGGAAAAAUUCCAAAGGCUUCAUUUGCCUGGUUCAUAUUCAGAUCUCCAUGAUGCUUUUGCGGGCUUCAUACUGGAAUGUAUGGAACAAAAACAAAAACUGUCAGUAAGUGGCUAUCAAGAGUGGCUUUUCCAGGAGAGUCAAAAUGAGCAGAAGUUUGCGAACAUACUUUUGUAUCUUCGACUUGUGACAGCUAUUGAGAUAUGCACUGAGGUUGAAACUUUUAAGCCAUACAUAAAAGAACUUGGUCAAGGAAUGGCCGAUGCAAUAGGGUACUGCCGCCGGAAGGUUCUCCCAGUGUACAGAGAUGCAGAUCAAGUGAAUCUCAUUGCGCUCACCCAUGUCCUACAGGUGCCACUCCGAGUUGUUAACGUUGACGUUGCACCGAUUGAGGAGCCUAACAUCCACAUCAUCUACGAGUCACCAGAUUCCUUGGUUCCUACUGUGACACUACUGUAUAGACCAGGGCAUUAUGAUAUCAUCUACGAGAAGUCAUAGCUGUAGAUUGUAGUAACAGAUAUCAUAUGACAUGUCGCAGGAGAGUUGCUAGCCGCGUUGCGAUAUACUGUAUAAAUAACUCUUGUUGUGUACAUCAGCUGCACAUAUGCACUAUUA